AUGGGGGUUUUAUACCUUGCUGUGAUACUGUCUGUCACCAGGAUCCACCAAGUUUCAGGCAUGAGGCUCAUGUACCCUAACACUGGUACACGACCAACGUCAUCCCCGGACUCUUACCCGAUGGGUGACAUGAUCCAUGCUGCCCUACAGAGUAAAGAAUACUUAGGCCAGUCUUCUGCCAACACAGGUACAACCACCAAUCCAACACAAGCAGCUCCUCGUGUCAGGCAGAGCGAGUCGACAGCCUCAGUCAUUUCGCCAGGACUCCUCACCACAGCAUUGGGCUCUUCUUCUGCCGGCGGCCAUGCAGGAUUGAGGAACCGCAUGUCCUUUGUUCCGAUAGAGGAGGAGACAACCACUACCCUAAUCACCACUACCACUAUAACCACAAUGCACAUGCCAGUUCAGUGCAAUGCAUCCUUGUCUGCAAUGGAGGAUGUUGUCGAGUCACCAGAUUCUGCGUCAUCAUCAUUAUCUGUUUCCCCGCUGGAAUGCACCUACAGCAUUAAAGUGUAUGCAGGCUUUGGUGUGGAGAUUCAGGUAAGGAAGGUGAAUCUGUCCAAGGAGGAGUCCCUUACAAUUAUGGGGUAUGGAGGUUCAGCACCGAAACUUCUAGCCAAUGAGACCCUGAUGAGGGAGGGUCAGGUGAUUCGCAGCACAACCAAUCAGGUGCACAUUCACUACAGCAGCCGCCAAUCGAACAACCACGGAAAGUUCAUCCUGCACUAUCAAGCUUUUAUGCUAUCCUGCAUCUUCCCUCAUUCUCCCGAAAGCGGUGGUGUGACCGUAACCGACAUCCAUCCUGGCGGUCAGGCACACUUCCAUUGUGAUCCAGGAUUCCAAGUCCGCGGUCAUGAGGUGGCGACCUGCGUCAAUACAACACAACCACACUGGAGUACGCCCGAACCCCAAUGUGUUGCUGUGUCCUGUGGGGGGUGGGUUCGUAAUGCAACAGUGGGCCGAAUCCUAUCGCCACACCCGCCGUCUAUUGCCAAUCACAGUAAUGGAAACAACCUGAGCUGCCACUGGUUACUAGAAGCCAAAGAUGGCCACAGACUCCACCUGCAUUUUGAGAGGAUCGCACUGGAUGAAGAUGAUGAUAAGUUAAUUGUGCGCAGCGGGAACAGUUCGUUGUCACCACCUCUCUUCGACUCAGAUAUGGAUGAUGUGCCAGAGCAUGGACUGCUGAGUGAGGGCACUUCUCUGUACUUGGAACUCACUGCUGAUUCAUCCUCUAUCCCUCUACUUCUGGCACUUCGAUAUGAAGCGUUUGAUGAUGAGCACUGCUGGGAGCCCUACAUGCCGCAUGGAAACUUCAGCAGCAGUGACAUUAGCUACCAGCUGGGCACCACUGUUACCUUCAGCUGCUCACCAGGCUUCGUCAUGGAACAGGGGUCAGCCACCAUUGAGUGCGUGGACCCCAGCAACCCUCACUGGAAUGACAGCGAACCUGUGUGCAAAGCAUUGUGUGGAGGUGACCUGACUGAUCCCUCGGGUACUAUCCUUUCCCCUGAUUGGCCUCAGAGCUACUCCAAGGGCUUGGAUUGCUUAUGGCAGAUCCACGUCAAUGAAGAAAAGCGCAUUGAACUGGACAUCCAAAUCCUAAAUAUUCGCCACACUGAUGUGCUGACCAUUUUUGACGGCCACGAUCUUAUGUCCCACGUCAUCGGACAUUACCUGGGUUCCAAACAGCGCUUCCAAGUUGUAUCUGGGGGUUCAGAGGUCACCAUUCAGUUUCAAAGUGACCCAGUAGAUUCCAGCUUUAUUCUCAGUCAGGGAUUCCUCAUUCAUUAUCGUGAGGUUGAGCCAAAUGAUACCUGUCCCACUCUACCUCAAAUCGAGUUCGGGUGGAUCAGCUCAUCCCAUUCCUUCCCAGUGAGAGGAAGUGUGCUGACAUAUCAGUGUCAACCAGGAUAUGACAUCAACGGCUCGGACAUCAUCACUUGUCAGUGGGACCUCUCUUGGAGUAGCAGCCCACCUACCUGUGUCAAAGUUAACCAGUGUUCUGACCCGGGAGAGGUCGUGAACGGCGCACGCUCUGUGCGCCCUGAAGCCGGUUUUGCUGUUGGAACCAUUGUGCGUUUCUCCUGUAACCAGGGUUACCAACUAGAAGGUCCCAGUCAAAUCUCUUGCCACGGACGAGAUACUGGUACCCCAAAAUGGAGUGACCACAGCCCAAAGUGUGUUUUAAAAUAUGACCCAUGCCCAAACCCUGGCGUCCCAGACAAUGGUUACCAAACGCUGUACAAGCACAGUUACCAGGCAGGAGAAACCCUGCGUUUCUUCUGUUACGAAGGCUAUGAGCUCAUUGGUGAGGUCAUCAUCACCUGUGUGCCUGGACACCCGUCUCAGUGGAACAGCCCACCACCAUUUUGCAAAGUUGCCUAUGAGGAUCUACUUGAGGAUCACAGAUUAGAGGUGUCUCAAUCAUUUGAGCCCUCCCAUCAGAUCCUGAGUGAGAACAUCGCUCUUGCAAUUAUUUUGCCCAUCAUCCUGGUCAUUUUACUAAUCGGAGGAAUUUACAUGUACUAUACAAACAUCUGCAGGCUAGAAUGGAAGCCACUCUUCUGGAAGUCACUUUCUCACACACACUCCUACAGUCCCAUUACCGUCGAGUCUGAUUUCAACAAUCCUCUGUAUGAGGCAGGGGAUACACGAGAGUAUGAAGUGUCCAUUUAA